GCUGCCGGCGUGCUGCGGUGAUAAGAGGAGCUGGGCGAGCAAAGGGGAAAUAAUUUGGCUCGCUGUGGUUUCCUCCACACGCUGAGGUGGUGGCUUUUCUGGAGAGGGGAUGAGGAGGCUCUCGGCAGAACCACAUUCUUCUGGCAGCGCCGUUACUUCUUUCUCUUUCUCUAUGUGCCCUGCGUCUCCCAUCCUUGGCUGCGCACAGGAAGAUUUAACGGCUUCUGAGUUUGGAUUGAUUUCAGGUUGCUGGUGGUAUCUAGCACUCUUGAUUUGGGUUCCUUGCUCCAUAAGGAGGUUCUACUCUAUGGCAUCAGGCAAAAUCCAACUGUCGUGCGGUUUCGGUGCCUGCAUCCCUGCCCGGCUCACCUCCAGAAGAGCCCGUGGCCAGCAGCCAGCCUACAAGCUCACCUUCUAAAAUAUGCUACAAACCAGAUAAUCAAAAGGCAGCAAAAUUAAAUCAGUUUGUUACAGCAGAGCGGAAUGGGCCAAAAGCCUGUUAAGCCGUGCUGCUAAUAGAUGUAGAGUGAGUGCUGGGCGCUUAAUUCAUUGUCUGAGGUGUUAAGGCCGAACGCUCAUAAAUCCAAUCCCAGCAAGAUGGCAGAGAUAGUCUAUGCGGAGCGGCCUCUAACCGACAACAACAGAUCUUUGGCCUCCUAUGGCUUGAAAGACGGGGACGUGGUGAUUUUGCGACAGAAAGAGACCGUAGAGCCGCGGCCCUCCAUCCGUUUCCCAGGUCUGCCAAGGAUAGACUUCAGCAGCAUCGCGGUUCCUGGGACGUCCAGUCAGCAGCAUCAGCCACCAGCACAGCGUCUUCGCCCGUCACCUCCUGAUGCACCUUCAUUCCCUCAGGGUUUGGACAAUCCGGCGCUGCUACGGGAGAUGUUGCUUGCGAAUCCCCACGAGCUCUCCCUGCUGAAGGAGCGCAAUCCGCCCUUGGCGGAAGCGUUGCUCAGUGGAGACCUCGAGAAGUUCACCAGGGUGUUGCUGGAGCAACAGCAGGACCGAGCCCGGCGGGAGCAGGAGAGGAUCCGACUCUACUCAGCUGACCCUUUUGAUCUUGAGGCACAGGCCAAGAUAGAAGAAGACAUAAGGCAACAAAACAUUGAAGAAAAUAUGACGAUAGCAAUGGAAGAGGCCCCCGAGAGUUUUGGCCAGGUGGUGAUGCUGUAUAUUAACUGCAAAGUCAACGGACAUCCAGUGAAAGCCUUUGUUGACUCAGGUGCCCAGAUGACCAUCAUGAGCCAAGCUUGUGCUGAAAGGUGCAACAUAAUGAGGCUGGUAGAUCGGCGAUGGGCCGGCAUUGCUAAAGGUGUAGGGACGCAGAAAAUAAUUGGCAGAGUGCACUUAGCUCAGGUCCAGAUUGAAGGGGAUUUCCUGGCAUGCUCCUUCUCGAUCCUUGAAGAGCAGCCCAUGGACAUGCUUCUAGGACUGGAUAUGCUGAAGCGGCAUCAGUGUUCAAUUGAUCUCAAGAAGAAUGUACUAGUGAUCGGCACGACUGGCUCGCAGACCACAUUCCUCCCGGAAGGCGAGCUCCCAGAGUGUGCCCGGCUGGCUUAUGGGGCUGGGAGGGAAGACAUGCGGCCGGAGGAGAUUGCAGACCAGGAACUAGCAGAAGCAAUACAGAAGUCCGUAGAGGAAGCAGAGAACAGUGACAAAGAAACUACCUCACUGGAAAUGCCCUCAUUACCAGCUUCUGAUGGGUUUCAAAAUCCAGUCCAGUCUUCAGGACUAAAUUCCAAGAUCUGUAAUCCCACAAAUCAACUACUUGAUCGUUCUGUCUCUGCCCCUGCUUCCAUUUGCUCAUCCGAAUCUAGCCUCGCAGAGCCCAUUGAUCCUAGAGCCGUCAAGUCUUUUGAGUCUUCAACUGAAUGCGAGAUAACCCCAGAAAAAGAACAUCCUCUCUUAUUACAGCAUCUUUCCAAUAACGCUUCCUUGGCAAAUAACGACCCUUCUCCCCAGAAAGGGGAGCUAACCUGUUGCAAUCCAGCUUGCCUUUCACAGAAGACACUCAAAGAAACGUUUGUUGCUGACAGUCUAAAGGAACAUAAUGCUAAAGAACAAGACCGUGGUCAGGAACACCCUCUGGAAGUGACGAAAGAAAAUAGUUCGGCUGACGCUGCUGCUAAGCAAAAUAGAGAGGUAUGUCUGUUUUCAGAACAGGAGCAAAAGCACAAGCUUCCCAUAGACCAUCAGACGUGCAAAGAACCAGAGAAGGAACAUCUGGAGGAGCAAACUGAGACAAGUGACCCAGAACCUCCUUGCCACGUUGGUGGGGUUGAGAAGCCUGUUGUGGAAGAAGCCAGCCAGCCAGAAAAUCUUCCUAUGGAAAUGAAAGGAGACAGACAGGAGAAAGCAGGUCUUCCCUGUGCAAAAGGGAGUAUCCGGGUGUCAGCCUCCUGUAGCUGUACGCAUACAGAAUCCUUCAUGGAAGUAGAUGCAGUUGAGCAGUCUGUAGCUGAAGCACACAGCUCGGCAAGUGAGCAGAAGCAGCAGGCUGAGAACAGAAGUGUAUCUGACCUGAACUCGGACGCCUUUUCUAUGGAGGUGGAGUCGCUGAGGUCUGCAUCCUCCUUGAGUGAUCUCCUUUCCACUGGUGAUGUCCCGCAGUCUAAAAGUGCUAGUGAGAUUCCUGCAAAACAUAAUGAGUUGUCUGAUUGGGCAGCUGAAGACAGCUCUUCCUCCUCCAGCAUCCAUCAGCUGGAUGUGGACCCAGGAAGACCUUCAGAAGAGCCAUGUUUCUCUCUAGCAUCAGCCUUGAAAGAGCUGCACAAACUCUUGAUUAUCAGUCGGAAAGGAGAAUGUAAGGCACUUUCUGAAGAUGAGCGGAAAGGCUCGGAUCCCGCCAGCCAGGAACAGAGUUGUUCCUUCUAUAAGGUGAGGUCUGAAGGUGGAAGAGCAGAGGAGAAACAGCCUUGUGAUUCUGGCACAGAAAACAUCAGCGUUGGGUCUGUCAGUCACAUGCAGUCAGCUCUUGGAGAAGGUGCUUUAGAGAUUCAGAAGUUUUCAGGUAAGAGUGAUUCGGUCAUGGCAAGUUCUGCAGCAACCUCUGAGCAGGCGGAGGUUUUGGCAGUAGGUUAUCAGAGUCCAACUAGUCCAACUUUGGAGCAAAACACAUCCGUUUCCUCUACACCUGCUUUGGAUGAAAGUGCACCUCAAGAUACUCAGAGCCUGUUCACAGGAGCACCUGGGAGCAGCAGCAGUUCUGCUCCUGAAGGUCUGUGGCCGUUGGGUGGGUCUGAGGAAUCACUGCUGAGCCCACCAGCUGGCUCUGCUGGACUCACCUCAGGUGCUUCUCCACCAUCUGCUUUCCCUGCAGCUGAUGUUGAUCGGAUCCUCGGUGCUGGUUUUACCAUGCGGGAAGCUCUUGAGGCUUUGGAACGAGCAGAUGGAAACGCAGAUCUCGCUCUUCUCAUUUUGCUAGCCAAGAGUAUCGUUGUUCCUACAUAACUACGGAAGAGGUAGCUGACUGGGGUGUCCUUUUUCUUUUAAAGGACCUAUCUAAAUUGUACACCAUCAUGUACAAGCAGAAUGUUGAGCCAGAUUUUGUAAUUAGUUGCAGCCAAAGUAACUUGUCUCUUCUGUUUCACUUGUUAGAUUUGGCCUUUUAAAGGAAAGAAAACAUCCUAGCCUUGUGUGGACAGGAUAGCUUUUAAUUAUGCAUACUGGAUUAAAAUUAAUGUUUUUAUUUAAAUGUACAAUUUUAGAAUAAGCUCCAAUGUUACGAAUAAAAAGCAGAAGCCAUUAAGAUCACCGCCCUGUCCAGCGCAAAGGAGAUUGUGAAGUGAGUUGACCGUGCACAGGACAGGAGGUACACGCCGAGUUCGGUAUGGCACAGACGCGAAACAGCGCUUGUCCAGAAGGACUUUGCAGAUUUUUUUUUUAGCUCUCCUAUGCUUUGUAAUCCAAGGUCCAUCUGUGACGCUGAUGAAACUAUUGUGGCAGCUACUAAAGGUAUGUAGGUGCCCACAGGCGUGUAAUGCUUUGCAAAAGGAGUGAGGGGUGGAGAGGGUGUUCGGAAGUGUGCGCUUUUUGUUUGUGCAUGGGGAAGGCUGAUGCCUGUUUUUGCCAAACCCUUUUAUGCUCUUGGGCCAGUGUGUUCAAGUUUACAACGUGGGGAUAGAAGAAGGGAAGAGAGAGAAUUUGGUGCUACCAAAACUUAAGAGACGUUUUAACUUAUUUGAAGUUGUGCUGGUAUUAAUUGGGGGUGGGGAAGGGAAAAGGAGUAUUUUACUUUUUUUUUUUUUCCUAGCCUUGCCCACACCAUGUUUCCCCCAUACAAAAGAACAAGCUCAACCACUUUAAGGCAAAACCUUAACACUGAAAUUGUUUUAACAAACCAACCAUGUAUUGUGGCUCUUAACUCCCCUCUGCCCCUGGAAGAAUGAACUGUUUCAGUGGAUGCAUUCUUUAUGCACCGAGUAAAUCAGAAGAAUGAAGAAACGUGCUCCGCACUAGUUUAUCACGAUGUUUGGGGAUGAUCAGCCUCUCAGCUGUGGAAAUGCAAACUGCGGACAGCCUGGAGUGGCUGGUGGGGUACUAAUUUAAUACCUCUUAAAGCUUGAGGGCUACCCAGUAGGGUGUACAAGACAAAUGCCCUGACGUGGCUUCUGCGUUAUAACCAUCGUGGCCUUCUGGGAAGUCCCUGGUGAGCAGCCUGAAUGAUGAGGACUCACAAGGCUGUGCUGUAGGAAGCCCUUUCCAGAUGCUUUUUUUGGGGAUGAAUUACUUCGUGAUGCUCUGCGAAGACCCAAAACAACUGCUGGGGCUGGGGAAGGGGAAGGAAAGCGUGGCUGAAACACGAUACCAAAUUUUAAGUAGGAACUUAGUCCCACUUGCAAAUCUCAGAAGUGGCUUUGUGUCAAGUGUUCGUCUUGAACUUUCUGCUUUGAGCUAAACCUGGAGUGAUGGGUCAGCAGCAGCUGGAAACGUGGUUUUGUUCAUGGCUUUCAUUUGUUGUUAUUGUCUCAGGCCUGUGUUACUGGUGUUUUGUUUUCCCUGUUGCUUAGCAGAUUUGCCUACGUGUAUGCUAGGUUUUUUUCAUGCAGGGUGGCAUUUAAAAACACCACAAAUUUGGUUUAAUCUGUGAAAUUGCAGGAGUUUCUGAUGUCAGUGAGGGCUGGUUGUCGGAUUUUUCUUAGCUGCUUGGGUAGCCAAGGACUCCUUUAGAAUAAUGAAGAGCUUUAAAGCGUUCCUCUUGUCUGUUGAAUGGAGCCUCUGCAUGAGCUGUGAAUGUACCAGCCAGGCCUGGAGCUCCCAGGCACAUUUAGCUUGCAUCCUGCUUCCUGUGAUGCCGGCAGCAGGCGUUGCUCUGUGCAUAGGUAGGAAGCAGUGCUUGGCUGUUUGGGGACCCCUUGCCAGAGCAGCAUCGAGUAAUUCACUUGAGGCUCUGUUCAGAAUGAGUUACUGAGGCAAGGCUUUAUGAUCUUUAUCGUGCAAGUGGUCAGUUACCCUUGCUGAAGUUUUUUUAAAAUAUUCUCUGUACAACGGGCACCUCAAAUCGGCGAAAGUCCCCUCUGUAAAGGGUAACACUUGGGCUGGUACAGGAGUGUGGUGUCAUCAGCUCUCUCUCUAGAAGCCUUAGGAAUUAAGAUAUUAGACCCGUUCCCAUCGGCAUCUGGUUCACUAUCAAAAGCAGCAACAAGAAUGAAGCUCCCAGCUCUUGGAUCCAGAGCAUCCUCAGUCCAAACAGCCGAACCUGCUCCCGAUUCACACCAUGGGUCUCGGUGAGGUGGUCCUGGGAGCAAGCCCCCAUGUGGUAUGCAGAUCCCAGCUGCAGGUUGGCCCUCUUGGAUGCACGAGAGCUGAAUUGGCACCCUUAGCCUGCAGGUUCAUCUGUGGCCAGCUUCUUGGAUGUUAGCCAUUCAACGUUAUACCCCUUUCGUAUUUACACUUUACGUUUUUAGAAGUGAUUGCUAAUAGCUAGAUGAAGUACUGCUGCUUUGCACCAAACUGGUUAAAGGCUCUAGUUUUAUGGCCACGUUUAC